UUGUAAAAUGGUAUCCUAUCAAUUGCAACAACGUUUGAUUUUCUGCAACAAUUUUUUUGUUUAUAUUUUUUAAAGCAUUAAUUUAAACACAAAAUGACUUUGCGUGCCUGUAUCUAUAAAAAUUGUGAAAAUUAUAUCAAUUUAAGAGAUCGUUCCAUUAACAAAGAUAUUAAACUAUUUAGUUUCCCUAAAAAUCCCGAAAGGCGCCAAAAAUGGAUGGAGUUGGGAAAGGUGCCUCCAAAUCAACCAGCCUCAAUGUACUAUUUUUGUUCUGACCAUUUCGAUAAGAAAUACUUUGCUAUUAAUAAUGUUCGGACAGUAUUGGUGGGAGACGCAGUGCCAUUCCCAUAUGUAGAACCCGAAGAAGAUGAAACUUUGGAAGACAGUGGAAGUAAUCUGGACUACUUUUUAUAUGAAUUGAAAAAGGAAGAUGGUGAUAACACCGAAAAGCAACAAGAUGAACAAGAUUUACAGGUGGAAUCAACAACUAUGUUAAAUGAGCUUCAAGAAAGCUUACAUGAUGAACAUUUUUCCAUUAAUUUGGAAGAUGAGACCGAUGAAUGUAUAGUAUAUACAGACGAAGAAAAGGAUACACAGCAAAUUGUUCUAGGCAAUAACCGCAAAAGAAAGUUGUACAAUACAAUACUUCAAGCUCAAGCAUCUUCUUCGAAUGCAAAACUUAUCAAAACUUCCAUAUUAGAAAAACCCUUAAGAAAAUCACCUGAGAAACAACUUUUUGUAAAAUCUCCCCAAUCAAGUACGGCCGGUAAAAGUGCCUCAACUAAUCAAAUACAAGAAUCUGCAAAAGUUGUUAGUGAGGAAACUUCUAAAGAGGAAAUAGAUGUAAAUGAUUUGAUUGAUGUAGAACAUGUCACAACGUUUAUAUUCAAGGGCGAAGAAUACGUCCAAAUGCCCAAAGAGCAUUAUAUUAAUGAAAAACAGGACUUAAUUAAAAAAAUAAGGAAAAUGGAGAGUACAAUAAGAACCAUCAAGGAACAUUUAAAUUUAUUAGAAUUUUAAGGUAGAAAGUAUAAAAUAUUUUGCAAAAUAUGUGAAACCUUAAACCAUAUUUUACUAAAAAUAAAAAUAUAUUAUAUAUUUUCUGAAAUACAAUACAAAUUUAAUAUAAUAUACGUAUUUAAGCAUUUACAAAUAAGUUAAAGUAUUUAAUAUGUUGUAAGAAAAAGUUUGGUUGAUUAUUUUUAAUGACUCAGUUCAUAAAUAUCCAAAGAUUCUAAAGCUUCA